AGCUUGACGGUCCCAUACUUAACUGAUUCGUCUGCUCCGACAGGGUCAAGAGGGAAAAGGGAGAGAGAAUGAUGAUGCUUAACGGAGCGGAAGACGAAGAGAAAUGGGUCGCAGAGGGGAUCGCCGGCAUCCAACACAACGCAUUUUACAUUCAUCGCGCUUUGGACGCGAACAACCUCCGAGAAGCUCUCAAGUACUCGGCUCAGAUGCUGUCGGAGCUUCGAACUUCGAGGCUCUCUCCUCACAGAUACUACGAACUCUAUAUGCGAGCUUUUGAUGAAUUGAGGAAGCUGGAGAUGUUCUUCAAGGACGAAAGCAAGCAUGGCGUUACAGUCGUAGAUUUAUACGAACUCGUACAACAUGCUGGGAACAUACUGCCUAGACUGUAUCUCCUAUGUACGGUAGGAUCUGUGUACAUCAAAACAAAGGAUGCACCUGCUAAGGAUGUCCUUAAAGAUCUUGUGGAAAUGUGUCGAGGAGUUCAGCAUCCAAUUCGUGGACUCUUUCUUAGAAGUUACCUUUCUCAAAUUAGCAGGGAUAAGUUGCAGGAUAUUGGGUCUCAGUAUGAAGGAGAUGCUGAUGCUGUCAUGGAUGCUGUAGAAUUUUUGCUCGAAAAUUUCACUGAGAUGAACAAACUGUGGGUUCGAAUGCAGCAUCAGGGACCUGGUCGUGUGAGAGAGAAGCGGGAAAAAGAAAGAAGCGAGCUUCGUGAUCUUGUAGGGAAGAAUCUUCAUGUUCUCAGUCAGAUAGAUGGUGUGGACCUUGAGAUGUACAGAGACACGGUCCUUUCCAGAGUUUUAGAGCAGGUUGUUAACUGUAAAGAUGAGCUCGCGCAGUAUUAUUUGAUGGACUGCAUAAUUCAAGUCUUUCCAGAUGAGUAUCAUUUACAAACCCUUGAGACAUUAUUGGGGGCUUGCCCCCAGCUUCAGCCAACAGUUGACAUCAAGACAGUGCUAUCUGAACUGAUGGAGCGAUUGUCGAAUUAUGCUGCUUCCAGUCCUGACGUUUUGCCUGAAUUCCUGCAAGUAGAAGCUUUUGCUAAAUUGAGUAGUGCCAUUGGGAAGGUCAUAGAAGCACAGGUUGACAUGCCUAUUGUUGGAGCCAUAGCGCUGUAUGUUUCUCUUCUUUCAUUCGCUCUCCGAGUUCAUCCUGAUAGGCUUGAUUAUGUGGAUCAAGUACUGGGAGCAUGUGUCAAGAAGCUAUCUGGCACUCCAAAGCUUGAAGUCAGUAGAGCAACAAAACAAAUUGUUGCGCUUCUGAGUGCUCCAUUGGAGAAAUACAAUGACAUUGUUACUGCCUUGACACUUUCUAACUAUCCCCGUGUGAUGGACCACCUUGAUAAUGAAACGAAUAAAGUCAUGGCAAUGGUUAUAAUUCAAAGCAUUAUGAGAAAUAUUACUUGCAUUUCUACAGCUGACAAGGUUGAGGUGUUGUUCGAAUUAAUAAAAGGGCUAAUUAAGGAUUUGGAUGGAACUGCUGCAGAUGAGCUUGAUGAGGAGGAUUUCAAGGAAGAGCAAAAUUCGGUUGCUCGCCUUAUACACAUGCUUUACAACGAUGAGCCGGAUGAAAUGUUUAAGAUUAUCUGUACUGUGAGGAAGCAUAUAAUGACUGGAGGACCAAAACGCUUGCCUUUUACAGUUCCGCCUCUUGUAUUUUCUGCACUCAGGCUGGUUAGGCAAUUGCAAGUUCAAGAUGGAGAUGUAGUGGGAGAAGAAGUUCCUGCUACCCCGAAGAAAAUUUUUCAGUUUCUAAAUGAGACAAUUGAGGCUCUUGCAUCUAUUCCUACGCCUGAGCUAGCAUUACGGCUGUACUUGCAAUGUGCUGAGGCUGCUAAUGACUGUGAUCUUGAGCCUGUUGCCUAUGAAUUUUUUACUCAGGCAUUCAUGCUAUAUGAAGAGGAAGUAGCGGACUCCAAGGCCCAGGUGACGGCAAUACAUCUAAUAAUUGGGACACUACAGAGGAUGAAUGCUUUUGGUGUUGAGAACAGGGAUACUUUGACACACAAGGCCACAGGGUAUUCUGCAAAGCUCUUGAAGAAGCCUGAUCAGUGCAGAGCUGUUUAUGCUUGCUCGCAUCUAUUUUGGGUUGAUGAUCAAGAUGGAAUCAAAGAUGGAGAAAGGGUCUUGCUUUGCCUGAAGCGGGCCUUGAGGAUUGCAAAUGCUGCUCAGCAGAUGGCCAGUGUCACAAGGGGUAGUAGUGGGCCAGUCACACUGUUCGUUGAAAUACUAAACAAGUACCUCUACUUUUUUGAGAAAGGAAACCCUCAGAUCACAAGUACAGCUAUUCAGAGCCUCAUUGAAUUAAUCACUAGUGAGAUGCAAAGUGACUCCACAACCCCUGAUCCAGCUUCAGAUGCCUUUUUUGCUAGCACGUUGCGGUAUAUUCGGUUCCAGAAAGAUAAAGGUGGUAUAAUGGGUGAGAAAUAUGAUUCUGUGAAGGUCUGACUUGCCAGACUGAAGGGAAAUACGAGAAAUGAGGCCGACUAUGUUGAGCAAGUUCAUUGAAUGGGAAAGAAAUGCUAGGCAGAGGCCUAAUGUUUAUCCAGCUCUGGCGGAAUUUGCCAUGUUGAAAUGGCUAUGCAUUUUGCCAUAGUAGAGAGCAGGUAACUUAACAUUGUUGUCGCAUGUUCUCUUGUAAGCAUUCUUGUGAAUGGACGAUUGGUUUGUGAAUGAGACGAUAAAAUCAAACUACAGAGUGUAUCAUUCAUUGAAGUUCCGAAGGUUGUGUUUCUGUUCAUUUGAAA